AUGAGUUCUCAGAAAUUCAUAUUCUUUUCGGACCAGGUGGUCACAUUUUGCGCGAACUUCGCCACUAUCCCAAUCGAGGACCAUACAGCAUCUAGUUUACAGGUCGAAUUGGACGAUUUGGAGCGCCGAUGGCGCCAACUGGUUCAGGUGUAUGAGGCUGAGAUGAUUUCUGAAGAUCCGAAGUACACGAAGGAGGUUCGGGAAUCAGUUCAUGCCAAGUUCACCGAGUCCUGCAGGUCUUACAAGAAUUGUAAGGCCUCGAUUCUGGAUCUAAUUCAGAUUGCGAGGGAGAAGACUGAAAAGUUCGAUGUUAAGGACAAAGUUGUCUCGAACGAUCCGGACGUAGGUGGAUUUUCCAUCAAAGUUCCCCCAUGCGACACUGAGCUUUUCAGCGGGGGAUAUGAUAAGUGGCCGAGCUUUAGGGAUAUGUUUUCUGCUAUUUAUGCGAAACAUCCCAAACUUUCUCCUGCACAGAAGUUAUUUCACCUUCGGUCAAAGACCCGUGGUGAGCCAAACCAGAUUGUUAAGAGAUUUGCUCUGACUGACGACAAUUUUAGUCUGGCGUGGGAGGCGUUACGACAGCGUUAUGAGAAUAAACGUAUUCUCAUAAACCAUCAACUGCGGAAGAUAUUCGAGAUUGAACAUGUUGGCUCGGAGAAAGGGAAAGGUUUGCGAAACCUGCAAUAUACCGUCAAUAAUUCUCUUUCGGUUUUGAGAACUUACAAUAUUUCUGUUCUUUCAUGGGACCCGAUUCUUGUUUAUUGGGUAUCGUCAAAAUUACCUGAGGAGACUUUGACUGCUUGGGAGAAUACACUUAAUGACCACAAGCAAAUGCCGUCAUGGGACCAACUCGACGAGUUUAUUUCAAGGAGAUUGAAUAUGCUUGAGUCUAUAUCUGAUAUGAGGAAACCUGUGAAUCAUUCUCCCCUUUCCAAUAAGUCUCAAAACUUUCAUACGAGGUCUGAACACAAUUACCGUCCUUGUAAAGUCUGUAAACAGAACCAUGCAUUGCGUGCCUGUACAAAAUUUAAGUCUUGGCCGCUUUCACAGAAGCGGAAAUUCAUAUCUGAUAGUAAGAUCUGUGAGAAUUGUUUGUCAUACGGGCAUGUUUCUCAGAACUGUAGAAGUGAUAGACUGUGCCAGAGAUGCCAACAGCAGCAUCACACACUAUUACAUCCUGAUACUGGUCACUCUGGAAGUCAGGAAGGAACCCAACACCGGAUGCAAUCCGAAGUUGCGGCUUUUCAUUUGGAUGCACAGGAUGAAGAACAACCGACCACGUCGGGUACAGCUUACCUUGAUCCCACUUCGUUUGUACAGUCACAUUUUGCUAAUUCUGGUGAGGGAACUGUUCUACCUACAGCUCUGGUUGACCUGCAGCAUUUAGGAACAAAUUUCACUAUAAGAGUUUUCAUCGACCAAGGGUCCCAGGAAUCAUUCAUAUCAAGUCGAAUAGUAAAUCGAUUCGGGAUUCCGACAAGGAAAGCGUUCACGACGGUUUCCGGACUUGGUGGCACUGUGCUGGAGAAUUCGUCAAGACUGUGUUGCGUGACUUUGAAGUCUAGAAAGUCUGAUUUUAAAGUGAACACAACGGCCAUUGUUAUUUCGAGUAUGAACCAUCUGAUGCCAACUCGUCCAACACAGAUUUCUGAUUGGUCACAUCUAACACAAAUGGACUUAGCUGAUCCAAAUUUUUCCAAGCCAGCUCAAAUUGAUAUGUUGCUAGGAAGCGACAUUUUGCCUUUUAUUUUGAGAUUUGGUGUCCAAAAGAAUGUAUCUGGUAACCUUUUGGCACAAGAGACUGAAUUCGGAUGGAUUUUAAGUGGACCCCCAAGGGGACGAUCCGUUAAUUCAUUUGCUUCUUGGGUGACUUGUUCUGACACACUCAACGAUGAAGUUAGGAGAUUUUGGGAACUAGAGGAAGUUCCAACUCCAAAACGUCUUUCUGAGGACGAUUUGUGGUGCGAAAACUGGUACAAGGAAACUACAUAUCGCCAACCUGACGGUAAAUACGUUGUCCGAUUGCCAUUUCGGCAUGAUUUACCCCCUGGAAUGACUCUGGGGUCUUCCAGAAGAACUGCCAUGGGACAGUUUCUAAGAAUGGAGAAAUCUUUGGAAAAAUCUUCUGAACUGGCCAACGAGUAUUGUAAUGUACUCUAUGAAUAUCGGAGUCUUGGUCAUAUGGAACCAACCUCAUCGUCUGAACUUUGUAAUGAAUCAGGUUACUGCUCCUUUUACUUGCCCCACCAUGCGGUAGUUAAACCUGAAAGAACAUCCACCAAAGUUCGCGUAGUAUUCAAUGCGUCAAAAAAGACAUCCACAGGAGUCUCACUAAAUGAUAUUUUACAUACUGGACCAAUUCUUCAAAACGAUCUGAUGAACGUUAUUCUUAGAUGGCGAUUCUUCAAGUACGUUUUCAAUGGUGACAUUCAAAAGAUGUAUCGCCAAAUUUAUGUCCACAAAGAUGAUAGAGAAUUUCAAAGAGUACUGUUUCGAAAUUCUCAUACCGAAGCUGUUCAAGACUACCGUUUGAAAACUGUUACAUUUGGAAUAAAUUGUGCUCCAUAUUUAGCCAUACGCACUCUGUUGCAACUUAGUGAAGAUGGAAAGUCCACCCAUCCAAUGGCGUCGUCGGUUUUAAAGGACCAAAUUUAUGUGGACGACAUACUCUCUGGCGGUCAUUCAUUAACUGAAGCCAAGGCGUAUUUGCUGGAACUGAUAGACCUGCUUAACUCAUCAGGGUUCCCAUUAAAGAAAAUGACUGCCAACCACCCACAAAUCUUGAAAAAUUUGCCCCCGGAAGAUCUUCUAUUCGAAGAUUUCUUGAAAUUGGAAGACGCGAGUGAGACAAAAACGUUAGGCAUACGAUGGAAUGCAAUGACGGAUACGUUCUUUUACAAAGUGUCAAAUCUGACUACUCCUUCUGCUCCAAUAACAAAACGGAAGAUUCUAUCAAUUGUUGCAAAACUAUUCGAUCCUGCGGGUUGGCUAGCACCAGUGAUAAUAGUAGCAAAAGUUCUUUUACAACAGCUUUGGAUGGACGGGACCAACUGGGACGAAGAAGUCAGACCACACUCCCUUGAAAGAUGGAACUCGUUCAUUUCGGAUUUUAGUGCGAUAGAAAACAUAAAAAUAUCCCGUUGGGUUAACUUUACCCCGGACAAUAAGGUUCAAAUACAUGGAUUCUGUGACGCAUCAGAAAAGGCCUACUGCGCUUGUUUAUAUAUUCGUUCAAUUUCAACUGACAAUGUUAUUUCUUCACAACUACUGGUUUCCAAAAGCAAGGUUGCACCAUUAAAGACAGUUAGCCUACCCAGGUUGGAGCUAUGCGGGGCAGCAUUAUUAACAAAAUUGUUGAAGUCCGUUUUUCAGAACCUGCACUUUACUGUCACAGACAUUUAUCUGUGGUCCGAUUCCACGAUAACAUUAUCGUGGCUUAACAAACCACCGCACCAUUGGAAAACUUUCGUGGCUAAUAAAAUAUCUGAGAUUUUAGAUAACGUAGGUAACGCUACCUGGAGACAUGUUCCUACAAGCGACAACCCUGCCGAUCUGGGGACAAGGGGAACUACACCUUCGGAAUUGGAGGCAAAUUCACUAUGGUGGCAUGGACCAAAGUGGUUGACAAAAAAUCCAGAAUUUUGGCCACGGAAAAUGUCACUCACGGAACCCGAAUUAGAAAGAAAGAUAAGCUCCUAUCAAUCUCAAACGGAAUCUGAGGACAUUCUGGAUCGCUUUUCCUCUUUCGACCGUGCCCUGAGAGUAAUUUGCUAUAUGUUCCGAUUUAUAAGAAAAUGCCAGAGGCAAAUAAGCCUGGAAAUGGCAAAUUCUUUCAUAAGUACCCGAGAAAUUACAACUGUAAAAUGUAUUUUAAUUAGAUCAGCUCAGGUCGCCCAUUAUCCAUGCGAGUAUCGGGCCCUCGAAAGUCAACAACAGAUAAAUUCCAAGAGUAAACUACUUCCUCUCAACCCAUUCCUUGAUGGGAAUAAACUGCUCCGAGUAAAUGGACGCCUAGCCAAUUCUGAUUUGAGCUAUAAUGAAAGGCAUCCGAUCAUUCUGCCCACCAAUUCUCGAUUCUGUAAACUCUUUAUCGAAUUCACGCACAAGAUACUGCUGCAUUCGGAACACCAAAUUAUGUUGCGUGCAAUCCGUCAAGAGUUUUAUAUCAUACGACUCAAAAAUUCUAUCAAACAUUGCAUAAGAAACUGUAAAGCCUGUACAAUCUACAAAAGCCGUGUUAGAAGUCAACUCAUGGCCGCUCUUCCCGCGGAAAGAUGCACCUUUUCGUUACCAUUCACGAACACAGGAGUUGACUUUGCGGGGCCUUUUGAACUGAAAACAUCUAGACUGCGUAAUGCGAAAUUAGACAAGGGAUAUGCAGCAAUUUUUGUGUGUCUAUCUACAAGAGCCGUACAUCUAGAAGCUUGCUCAGAACUUACAACCGAGGCUUUUUUAUCCACGUUCAAUAGAUUCGUUGGACGAAGAGGUUUUCCCAACAAAAUGUUUUCAGACAACGGCACGAAUUUUGUCGGAGCCAGUAGGUCACUGGCUAAGGAAUUCAAGAGAUUUCUUGAAACUGCUCAUAAGUCUGUUUCUGAUAAGUAUAACUUGCACGGAUUUUCCUGGCACUUUAUACCUCCUCAUGCUCCACAUAUGGGCGGUCUGUGGGAGGCAGCUGUAAAGAGCAUGAAGUCUCAUUUACGAAAAGUUGCUUCCAAUACGAGAUUUACGUUUGAGGAAUUUUCAACGCUUCUUGUUAGAAUAGAGAGCGUACUGAACUCCAGACCCCUCUCUCCUAUGAGUGAAAACCCUUCCGACCUUGUACCACUGACACCUGGCCAUCUGUUACGAGGAGCAGCACUGAUCUCUGUCCCCGAGGAAUAUUCUGACAACUUAUCGAUCAUAAAUCGCUGGCAACGGCUAAAGGCCAUACAAAUUCACUUUGCAAAGCGUUGGAAACACGAGUAUAUCUGUGAAUUACAACGCAGAUAUAAAUGGAAAACGGCUCAGCAGAACCUGAAGGCAGAUGAUUUUGUGGUCGUUAGAGAAGACAACCUUCCACCUGUUGAAUGGUGUCUCGGUAGGGUCAUCAACGUUUUCCAAGGCAAAGAUUCGAAUGUCCGAGUGGCUGAGAUCCGUACCCAAAGUGGGACCCUUAUUCGUCCUGUUGUCAAGCUUUGUAUCUUACCCAACGCCUAA